AUGAGUAAUUAUAUAUCAAUAGAAAAUGACCAAGAUAGUCUAAUUGAUGAAUUCAUCAAUAAUACUAGCAAUAAAGCUUCUGUGAUAAAAAAUUCAACCUCAAUUCCACUUAUGGAAAUAGAAGAACCAAAAUCUCACAGCUCUCCA